AUGCUUUAUUUGUCUCUCUUUUGGAUAUUGCCAAUUGUCACAGUAUUCAUUUUCAAACGUCUGACAGGUGUGCACUGCCAGGAGCUGUUCAAAGACACCAAGAACCAAGCUCCCUUCCCUGUCUACCCCUCAGUUGGCUACCAGAUCCUCAACGCAGACCACCUGCUGUUGAGGGACUACAGCCAGGACCUGCUGGGGAACUCCAGCCUACAAGCCCAGACGCAGGCCUUCCUCAUUACCAACCCUGGGGCGGGCCUCCUGCAGCCGGCCGUCAAUGUCACCUUCGGCUCCCUGUCUGUGGAGAGACCCAUCGGCCCAGAGCUGCUCCUUGGCAGUCGCAGGAUCCUCCCUGUCAUCCUGGCACGCCAGGUCCUCUCCUCUGCCCCCAUUAUCAGGAUCCUCUUUCACAUGCCCAGUAUGGCCAAUGGAGGUGACGUUGGAGGGGGCAGGGCUGGGGAGGGGGUGGAGGUGGGUAGUGGUGGGAGGAAGGGAACGGAGGGGGCCCACUGUGUGACGGCGUAUGCCUUCUGUGAGACGCAGGAGGUGCGGGGGGCAUGCCUGCUGUCCCCAGGGGGUUUCUGUGUUGCCCAGUUGAAGCCCGACCCGGCCUGGUUCAGCCCCACCAGCCGCUCCUCCAGCUCCAACAGCAGGGAUAGACAAGGAGAGGUGCAGGGUAUUCCCGUGGAGAUCUACUUCCAGAGCCGACGGGACUGGACAGGCCAGUGUGUUCCCCAGGACAGCCUGCAGCAUGUGGGGGUGGGGAGAGGUGGCCCAGUGGGGUCUGGUAUACCCAUGAGGAGGGUAGGGAGUGUCAACAUCCUAAAGGCACCACCUGGAAGCACUACGUUCCUGCGUCUGAGGUUAGGGGGAGCCGUGGUGGUCCAGACCUCAUCCAAACCACUGAGGACCACCGACAUGGCCACCUUCUAUGUGUUCCUGUCCAGUGUGUCUGCUGUGGAGAGCUUCACUCUUAGAGCCACAGUGAGGAAGGGCAUGUCCUUCAGUACAGCGAGGCCCAGUGACUCAGACUUAUGGGACAUCGUCCUGGAGCCUGGCAGAAGGGGCGCAAAUACCAUCUCUGUCGUGUGUCAGAGGAAGACCACCAAUCCCGGGAAAAGGGGUCUGUUGGAGGUCUUGCAGCUUGACUUUGAGACCAAGGAGUUGACUGAGCAACAAUUGGAGAGCCAGAUGAUCACAUGGCAUUUGGAAACAGCACACAUUAAGGAUGUUGGCAUCAUGAAGAUCUAUACCACCCAGAGAGACUACGUAGGCCUGACACCACUGGUCAUGGACAGUGAUGUGAUGAACACAGCUGUUCUGACUGGUAAGAAAGUGUCUGCCCCAGUCAGGACUCUGGCUGUGGAGGCUGACGGCACUGUCACCGAUGUCACCAACUAUACCAACUGUAGGUCCACUGACGAGAACGUGCUGAAGGUGUCGGAUCGUUGUGACUAUGUGUUUGUUAAUGGGAAGGAGACGAGGGGGAGGAUGAGGAUGGUGCUCAACUUCACCUACAGCUACCUGAGUGCCCAACUGGAGAUGAGUGUGUGGAUGCCCCGCCUCCCCCUGCUUAUCGACAUAGCCAACCCCGAACUCAGCCAGAUCAAGGGCUGGAGAGUCCCCGUGGCCGCCGGCACCAAGAGGACCAGCUGGGACAGUGAGGAAGAGGAGGAGAUAAGGAAGAGCAGAGGCUGCAUGCUACAGUACCAACACACCGUGGUCAGGGUGCUCACACCCUUUGUGGCCGAGCCGUCGGACCCAUCUCCAGACCCCAUGGUAGGGGGAUUGGGGGGGUCUCUGGAGACUUUCCUGGGGCCAGACUGGCAGGUGGAUGUCACCAGGCUGGUGCGCUACUCUCUCAGGGUGGGAGACCAAUCUAUAGCCAGACUACAUGCUGGAACAGUACUGCAGGGACGCGCUGCAGGGACCACCACUCUACAGGUGAUGUCUCCUCUGUCUGACUCGAUCCUGGCUGAGCGGAUGGUCAGGGUUCUGGAAGAAAAAGUGAGUGUGACAGAGCUGGGAGUGCAGCUGGUCUCUGGCCUCUCUCUGUCCCUCCAGCUCAGCCCAGGGAGAAACAUGGCCAUCAUUGCCACGGCUACAAUACAGGAAGUCAUGCAGAGACCCAAACAGGAGGCAAUGGUCAGCUGCUGGAUCCAUUUCAGUGACGGCUCAGUGACCCCUCUGGACCUCUUUGACCGCAGCGUCUACUCCCUGACUGUGACCUCCUGGGACAAGAGUGUGGCGACCGUGCGCCGGACCCCCCAGUCAGCAUUUGUGGUGGCGGAGGGUGAGGGUCAGGGGGCGCUGGUGAAAGCUGAGCUGAGGAUCUGUGAGGAGUGCCAGAAGUCUAAGAGGAAGAGCAAGCUGGUGGUGGGCAAUGGGCUUCUUAGGGUCACUUUCCAGAAAGGCAGCAGGAUGGACGGAGGGGUCACUGGUGGUGGUGCUACUGGCUAUGGCAGUGAAGGUUCAGAGUCAGAGGUAGAGUCUGAGCCAGUCGUGACAUCACCACGGGAACUCACGCCAGUUGUGACCUCACCACGGGCUCUGAUCGAGGGGGACGGAGACAGACGCUCGUUCAGGAGCACCGUACCAGACUGCCAGGACAGCACUGAUGUCACCACGUCAACAGCCAGGGAUCAGCAAGUUGCUGGAGGUGGCAUUUCUACCAUCAAAGAGGGCAUGAGCAGCACCACCACCAACACUGACAGUAGUACCACCACCACCAGGGGAAAACCUAGCACGGACAAACCUCAGGUGUCUGGCAGACCUGGCAGGGACAGAAGCCUGGGCAGAGGACAGGAGCUGAGGAGAGACUGGCUUAACGUGGUGGAAAACCCCAACCAGAAGAAAGAGAUGCCCAAAGCAGAGGAACCACCCCAGAAAGAGCAGCCCAAGCCGCCCCAGAUGGUGGAAAGUGACCUGGUGAAGACGUUCAAAGCCAUGUCAGACCUGGAGAUUGGCAUCUUCGCGCUGGUGGGAGUCUCUGUCCUUGCUAUCCUGGCCUUCCUGCUUAACUGUGCCUCCUAUAAUCUCUGCUUCCGGGUCAACAAGACCCCCGUCCAGGGCAACCCAGACCCCAACGGCCCCAAGGAGCACAGGCACGACUGGGUGUGGCUGGGGACCAGCACAGGGCCAGCGCCGGACAACCCACCCAAGGUGUCCACCAUCAAACGGGAGAAUCACGGCUCUAUUGAGUCCCACUGCAGCCUGCAGAGACAAUGCUCUACAGAUAGCCACAGGGCUCAGGAGAGCAGCCUGAGUAUGAGUGCUAUCCCAGAGAGGACUGCCACCUUGGGUAGGAGGAGCAGCUCCCAGCAGGUUCCCACCCUGGACCCCAUGGCUCGGGGUUCAGCCACCCUCCUAGCCAAGCCAAGCCGCAGCGAUCCACUCCACUCCCCCACCAGCAAGAGGAAUCAGGUCCAGUUCACCACAUUCACCACACUGGACGUUAAGCACUUGGCUGCCCUGAAGAGGAAUGGAGUGGACUUUAACUGGGCCAGCCAGGCUGGGGGAGCUGGGGAGCCUAUGGAGCCUCUACCUGACAUGCUAUGGCCUGUAGUCACACCCCUGGGCCAACCACAGUGA